AGCCGGAAACCCGGCGCAGCCGGGCGCAGCGGGCCGCGAUGCAGCAGCAGCAGGAGUCGCCCCGGGCCAGCAGCGGCAGCAGCAGCAGAGGCAGCAGCGGGCGGCGCUGAGCCGCCGCGGCCGCCGCUACUAAGAAAGAAGCCGGCCCAGACGCCGCCGCGUCCCUAUCCCUGCGCCCACAUCCCGGCUCCCCGAUUCCCGCGCCCGGGUCCCAGCGCCCCGACCCCCGCGUCCGCCUCCGCUAACUUUCACGCUGCCUCGGCGGCCAGGCCCGGCUCGACGCCAAUGGUGGAGGCCAUAGUGGAGUUUGACUACCAGGCCCAGCACGACGAUGAGCUGACGAUCACCGUGGGUGAGAUCAUCACCAACAUCAGGAAGGAGGAUGGAGGCUGGUGGGAGGGACAGAUCAAUGGCAGGAGAGGUUUGUUCCCUGACAACUUUGUAAGAGAAAUAAAGAAAGAGAUGAAGAAAGACCCUCUCUCCAGCAAAGCUCCAGAAAAGCCCAUGCACGAAGUGUCCAGUGGAAAUGCGUUGCUGUCUUCUGAAACAAUUCUAAGAACCAACAGGAGAGGCGAGCGACGGAGGCGCCGGUGCCAGGUGGCGUUCAGCUACCUGCCCCAGAACGAUGAUGAGCUUGAGCUGAAAGUUGGCGACAUCAUAGAGGUGGUAGGAGAGGUAGAGGAAGGAUGGUGGGAAGGUGUUCUCAAUGGAAAGACAGGAAUGUUUCCUUCCAACUUCAUCAAGGAGCUGUCAGGGGAGUCGGACGACCUCGGCAUUUCCCAGGAUGAGCAGCUCUCCAAGUCAAGUUUAAGGGAAACCACAGGCUCCGAGAGUGAUGGGGGUGACUCGAGCAGUACCAAAUCCGAGGGUGCCAACGGGACAGUCGCAACGGCCGCAAUCCAGCCGAAGAAAGUUAAGGGAGUGGGCUUUGGAGAUAUUUUCAAAGACAAGCCAAUAAAGCUAAGACCAAGGUCGAUUGAAGUAGAAAAUGACUUUCUGCCUGUGGAAAAGGCUAUUGGCAAGAAGUUGCCUCCGACUGCAGCAACUCCAGACUCAUCAAAAACAGAAAUGGACAGCAGGACAAAGGCCAAGGAUUACUGCAAAGUAAUAUUUCCAUAUGAGGCACAGAACGACGAUGAAUUGACAAUCAAAGAAGGAGAUAUAGUCACUCUCAUCAAUAAGGACUGCAUCGACGUAGGCUGGUGGGAAGGAGAGCUCAAUGGCAGACGCGGAGUGUUCCCCGACAACUUCGUGAAGUUACUUCCUCCGGACUUUGAAAAGGAGGGGAAUAGACCCAAGAAGCCACCUCCUCCAUCGGCUCCCGUCAUCAAGCAAGGGGCAGGUACCACUGAAAGAAAACAUGAAAUUAAAAAGAUACCUCCUGAAAGGCCAGAAACGCUUCCAAAUAGAACAGAAGAAAAAGAAAGACCAGAGAGAGAGCCAAAACUGGAUUUACAGAAGCCUUCUGUUCCUGCCAUACCGCCCAAAAAGCCACGGCCACCCAAGACCAAUUCUCUCAGCAGACCAGGUGCGCUGCCCCCGAGGAGGCCGGAGCGACCAGCGGGUCCCCUGACCCAUACCAGGGGUGACGGUCCAAAGAUCGACUUGGCGGGCAGUUCGAUAUCCGGCAUCCUGGACAAGGACCUCUCGGACCGCAGCAAUGACAUCGACCUAGAAGGGUUUGAUUCCGUGGUGUCAUCUACUGAGAAACUCAGUCACCCAACCACAAGCAGACCGAAAGCCACGGGGAGGAGGCCUCCGUCCCAGUCCCUGACGUCCUCUUCCCUUUCAAGCCCUGAUAUCUUUGACUCCCCAAGUCCUGAAGAAGAUAAAGAAGAACACGUUUCACUUGCACACAGAGGAGUGGACGCGUCAAAGAAAACUUCAAAGACUGUUACCAUAUCCCAAGUGUCCGACAACAAAGCCUCGCUGCCGCCCAAGCCGGGGACCAUGGCUGCGGGCAGUGGCGGGCCGGCCCCUCUGUCCUCAGCAGCAUCCUCUCCCCUGUCGUCCUCUUUGGGAGCAGUUGGACACAGAGCCAACUCCCCGUCUCUGUUCGGCGCGGAAGGAAAACCAAAGAUGGAGCCUCCAGCCAGCAGCCAGGCGGCCGUGGAGGAGCUGAGGACACAGGUCCGGGAGCUGAGGGGCAUCGUCGAGACCAUGAAGGACCAGCAGAAACGAGAGAUUAAGCAGUUACUGUCAGAGUUGGAUGAAGAGAAGAAAAUCCGGCUUCGGUUGCAGAUGGAAGUUAAUGACAUAAAGAAAGCUCUUCAAUCAAAAUGAAUACUUGAUAAAUGAAAUGUCGCAUUAUUCAUCCCAAGACUCAAAUUUUCCACCCCAGCCAAAAUAACCUUGUGCCAAAAGAUGAAAAAUUGCCUCAACAUGUCCCUGUUUGAAAGAUUAGCACAAAAGUCUUGAUAGCACAACACAAAUUCCAUCCAAGAGGAGACUCUUCCCCAUGGUAUAGUCCUGGGUCUGGCACUGGUUGUGACUUAAACAGAGAAAAUUGUGCUAAAGGCUUUUUUACUAUGAGAUCUCACGUGAAACGAAAACUCAGGCAGUUUAGUCCAUAGUGGUACUAUUUUGAUGAUAUUUUCCAUUAAUAAAAUGUAAUUUUAGAGUCUUCGUUUACAAGCUUUAUAAUUUUAUGAUUUUUUUAAUCGUGUUUUGCCACAGAUUCCCCCAGUGUUUGUAUUACACAUAGUCCGGAGCGAGCAUCCCAUUCUUUUGCUUUAGGCGGAAAGCUGCCUCGCUCUGUGUCCCCCUCAAGGAGUCUAUUACAUAUGCAAUUUUAGGUCCAACCUGUCCCUCCUCCUGCCAGCAAACCCCACCACCCUAAGAUAAAUUUUAGCUUAUAUAUGAUGGUAUAUUUACAAAAAGAGAAAGAGAAAAUCUGGUAUUUGCAAUGAUCUGUGCCUUCUUUUUACCACCCUCUUGAUUGGAGCUUUUGUGAUGCAGCUACCAUGAUUUAAAAAUCACACACACGCAUUUAUUUUUUUUAGUCACUUAUCGAAGUCUACUAGAGGCCACUGUCUUCAAAGCUUCUCUCGCCUAACCAAAGGUCCUAAGAGGAGACAGCUGUGAAGUUGGGCGUGCUCUUUGGUACCAGCUGUGAGUUUUAAGUUCUCCUAGUUUUAGGUUGUUCAUGAACUAGAAAUGUCACCCCUGCUUGAUUUUUCAUCAGCCAAGUUAAACCCCCGCUUCCUGUCCUUUGCACCUUUUGAGUGAACGGAAUAUGCAUUAUUAAAGCAAAACUAAAUAAAAGUAAAAUGCAAAUGAAAACAA